CCUCAAUUAAAACGUUUGAAUUCCCCUAUUUUAAUCACAGAUAAAUGCUCCGUCAACCGCUGCAUCCGGUUAGACCUGCUUCUUUUUCUCUAAAAUCUAGAAUACUUUUACAAAGCAUACACAAUCAGAUCUCAAAACUGAAAAUCCGAAUUCUGUGCAGGAAUCCUAGCCUCUCUCUCAAUAUUAUUACAAAUACCACAGCAAACCACAAACACAAGAUCACGUCGAUUGCAGCAGUGUUUCUGAAUAGUUUGUCUGAAAACGAUCAUCUUCCUUCAUCACCAUCUCAGAAAAAAAAAAAAACCAUGGAGACGAAUAUCGAACUUCCCGACGACAUAGUGACGGAGAUCCUGAUGAAACUCCCGGUGAAAUCAGUGUACAAGUUCAAAUGCGUUUCAAAGAAGUGGCUGUGGUUGACCUCCGACGCGUCGUUCAAAUCCCAUUUGAUUCCGCGCGCGCCGCCGUUGAUGUUCAUCUUCCAACUCCAGAACUUCGAGUCAGCCACAUCUUUCGUGUGCGCGGACAGAAACCUGGAAAAACUGAGCUCCGCAUUCCCCCGGCCUCCAUCUACAGGCAUGAAGGUGGCGUCCACCGCCAACGACCUCAUCCUCUACGAAUCCGAGCACGGUCACGAGGUGGCGAAUCCUUUCACCGGGCAGCGCGUGCGCCUCCCGAUGGGAAAGGGGAAAGGAGCGGCGGCCAGCCCGAAAGCAGGGCUGAUCGCGUACACGGACGAGAAGGGCGCAGUGCGGAGCUACAUCGUGGUGAGAAUAGUAAUGAGGGAUUACGACAACAGGCACACGCGCAUCCAGAUAUUCUCAUCCGACGAGGGGCGCUGCAGGUGGUUGGAGCCGCCGGAGUGCGAGUUCGAGCUGGACGCGGUGAGGUUCGAUUGCUCGAGGGUAGGCGUGCUUUACGAAGGAGCUCUUCACUGGGUGUGCAACCGGAUGUCCAACAUCUUCGUGUACGAUCCCGUGGCGCAUCGGUGCCGCCUCAUCCAGACGCCCUGCGAGGUGUACCACGUGAGGGGGAUGAACUCGGUGGUGGGGACGUCGUGUGGGAAGCUCUACUACUUCGAGAGCCACGGGAUCUGUCUGGAGGUGGAUAAGAGCCUCCCGAGUUGGAAGCUGUGGGAGUAUGGCGAGGGGAAGUGGAGGUUGCAUGCAAGCGGAGGAGAGAGGGAGAUGGAGGGGGUUGUCGGGGAUUUGCUUUCCACCACUAGCGCUGUGCAUCCUAUAGCAAUGCAUCCACAUACUCAACACGUCGUCAUCUAUUUCUGGCAUCUCGGCUCUAUCUUCACCUUUGAUACCAACAAAGGCUGGUUUGACGAUAACUUUGCCAUCUUUAAGCCUGCUACUAUCAUUUCCUCCUGGGAGAUCCAUCCCCUCUUCCUGCCCUUGUGCUACAAUCGCAUUCCUGCCCCACUCAAAUAAACAUUAAUAAAAUGACCUGCCAGAAAUGGAACUGCCCAUCAAAAAGAAAACUGUGGCAAAGUUUUCAUGGAAGCCUGGGUAUUUUUUGUUUUUCAAUUUAUAAUAAUUUAUUUUGUUUUUCCUUCUUGGAAGAUGUUUAUUCUUCUCUAAUAAGCAACAUUCAUUCUUUUAAUUACUUCA